CCAGCAGGUACCAUCCAGUCGCAGUGUCUGAGCAGCCUCAUGGCGUGUCUUGACUCCACCCCUCGCUGCUACUUCUACGGUUCCUCCUCCUACUCCUGCUCCUGCACCAACCCUGACACGCCCUGGUCCUGCACCCUCAUCUCAGCCACAGCCAGCAAGCCAGCAGGAUGCAGGGACAUGGCAGCAGGCGCAUGCGUGCCAGGCACGUGUGUCAGCGACGGCUCUCAGCUCCUUGGCUGCGCCUGUGCUGCUGGCUUCUCGCAGCGCAACGUGUCCUCCAAGCCCCCCUACUGCGCUCCUGAAGAUAGCAACUCAACUGCACCACCGUCACCAUCACCGCCACCACCACCAUCAUCACCGCCACCACCGUCGGAAUCACCACCGUCAGAAGCAGCACCGUCAGAAGCAGCACCGUCAGAAGCACUACCGUCAGAAGCACUACCGUCAGAAGCACUACCGUCAGAAGCACUACCGUCACAAGCAGCGCCGUCAGAAGCAGCACCGUCAGCAGCAGCACCGUCAGCAUCACCACCACCGGACAAGUGUGCAUCUUUGCUGGCGAACCCAUGCCAGCCGGGCAUCUGUGCCAGCAACGCCUCAGCUGCCUCUGGCUACAGCUGCGACUGCCCCAAUGGUUUUGACGAGUUCACCAUUGGGCGCACAACAAUAUGCAGCGUACCGCCUGGGUCAGCGGGCGCGCCCCAAGGCAGUUGCUCCCAGUUCUCCACCAACCCCUGCCUCCCCGGCCCUUGUGUCAACGACUCUUCGGCAGCAGCGGGGUACUCGUGCCACUGCCCCUCGGGCUACGUGCAGACCUCGUCCAACCAAAUGCCGUCAUGCUCCAAGGAGGUGAACAUGUGGCAGUGCUCCGAUGCCAUCUAUGCAUGUAUGGACAUCACGCCGCGCUGUUACUGGGUGGCUGGCACGGCCUACUCAUGCUCAUGCGGCAUGCCUGAAACGCCCUUCAAGUGCUCCAAGCUCCCAGGCAGGCCGGUCAACUGUUCAGAUGCCACCCGGGGCUUGUGUCUGCCGGGCUUCUGCCGUACCAACGGGUCGGCGUUCAUCGGCUGCUUGUGCGCCACAGGCUUCAGUCAAGUCAACCCCUCUGCAGGCGACCCAUACUGCACUGGCACUGGCGCAUGCCCCUUGAAGGAGAAUCCCUGUGGCGAGGGCGUUUGCACUGGCACGGGCAAUGACACCGGUUACACCUGCACCUGCCCGCCUGGUUACCACGCUGCGCAAGCCAAUGGAUCGCUCACCUGCACCACGGAGCCGUCAUCAGGCGUAUCAUCAGGCCUAUCAGCCGCAGCUAUCACAGGGAUUGCGGUUGGCGCUGCUUGCCUUCUUCUUCUAGUCAUCCUUGCCCUUUUCCUUUGGCUGAGGCACACUCGCCAACAGCCCGAGAAGCGCACGGGGCUGAAGGGUGCUGCACGGAUUGACCAAGCAGUUCCACUGUGCCAGGAGCUGCCCCUGAGCGAGCUGACCCAGGCCACUGACAACUGGUCGCCCCACAACCUGCUGGGGACGGGCGGGUACGGCGACGUGUACCGCGGGGUGCCUGCUGCCGACCCUUGUUCUGUUUGGGCCGUGAAGCGAGCCAAAGUCAUCACCAAGGACUUCAGGAGAGAGGUGCAGCAGAUGGCAUCGAAGCACCACCCGAACCUGGUGCGGCUGCUGGGGUAUUGUGUACAUAUGGAUGCUGGCACGGAGGAGCACGAGCAGAUUGUGGUUUAUGAGUUCAUGGACGGAGGCGACCUGCUGCAGUAUAUGCAUGCCGAGAAAGGCGCGCGCCCCCCUCUCUCCCUGGAGCAGCGCCUGAGUGUGCUUAUUGACAUAGCUCGUGGGCUGCAGUACCUGCACAGCUUUGGCAUCGUACAUCGCGACAUCAAGCCCGCCAACAUCCUGCUAGAUAGACACACGACGGCCAAGAUAGCGGAUUUUGGCAUAGCGCGCAUGGGGGAUGAGAGCUCCAGUGGCGACACGACUCGCAUUCUCGGCACCCCGGGCUACGUGGACCCUUCGUACUCCAAGUCCCGCAAGGCCACCACUGCUGCUGAUGUGUACAGCUAUGGUGUCGUUAUGCUGGAGCUACUAACGGGGCGCAGAGCACUUUUGCCAUUGGGAGACCAGAACGUGCACAUCCGACAAUGGGCUGAGCCGCUGCUGGCGUGUGGGGAUAUAGAGAGCUUUAGGGACCCCACCCUUGAUGCCCCGCAUGAUACCAUUCUGCAACUCGGCCAGCUGGCGCUGCGAUGCACCGCCAUGCCCGUAACUGGCCGUCCACACAUGGACCAGGUCGUUUCGGAUCUGAGUAAAAUUCAUAAGAGUGCACCCGGGGGCGGUAGUUCGGAGUUAAGUGCAGUUGAUGCGAUUAUGCUUAGUGUUGAGCAUCCAACGCAUAGUUUUGACGAGGCUAUUGCCCUUGCUGUGGGAAGUCAGCAAUCUGCUCUAGCACAACGGUCUGAUAGUUAAAUUAUAUCUUAUAUAUAAUUGUAGGCUUGGUAGCUGUUACUGAAACUUACUGUAGAGGGUACAACACCCCUCCUUUAUCCCUCUCUCUUCUAUUCUCUACCUCUUGUCUCUCGUC